UUCGCAAGCUCAACAAUAUUUUUGAUAUAUACAUUGAUUACUCCAUACUAGAUUGUAACGAAUUUUUCGCGUUACAAGUUAACGUUCUCUUAUAAUAAUUCAAUAAUCAGUUUGCGCUCACCAGUGUACCACAAGUAAAAUGUUAAACUUUUUUGGAAUACAAGCAUCGUUACUUUUUACAAUAGUACAGACUAUUUCUCCAGCCAUCAAUCCUGUUUUAGUCAACAGUUUUGCAAUAACUGAUGAUGUCCCAGAUGAAGACUAUCGGCUUCAACAAUUGUCAGAGCCAUUAGCAUAUAAUUUGUUUCUGGAUCUAAGUGAUUCAAAUUUUUACUCUUACACCGGUUCGAUCGACGUUGAAAUGCGAUAUUUGGAUACGCUUGAUUAUUUUUAUCUGAACAGUGCUGGAUUAGUGAUUGAUGAAGGAAGCAUACGGAUAACAAAACCAAAUGGAGAGACACUACCUUUAAGUAAUCUUAUAAUACUGGAUAAGUAUAAGAUGCUGUAUUUGGCUUUUGGAGAAAAUCUUGAACGAAAUAGUGUCUACAAAGUGCAUAUUGAGUAUUCCAACAAUAUUGGAACUAAUCUAAAAGGGCUGUAUAGAAGUAGCUUAACAAUUGAAAAUUCAAGCAGAUAUCUUGUUGCAACACACUUUCAAGCAACUUACGCACGUACUGUUUUUCCCUGUUACGAUGAACCAUCUUACAAGGCAUAUUUCAACGUUUCAAUUCGACAUUCGUCUAAUUUUCAUACUCUGUCUAAUAUGCCGGUACAAGAAAUCGAAGUGGAUGAAGAUGGAAAUUUUAUCACCACAAAAUUUGAAAAAUCGCCGUUGAUGUCAUCUUACCUGCUGGCAUUUGUUGUGUCUGACUAUAAAACGUUGUCCAGUGAAAAUGAUAUAAUCAAAGUAUAUGCACCGGAAACUGAAGUUCAGCAUACAACUUAUGCGAAGAACUUCGCUGUAAAAUCAAUGGAGAGCUUGGAAUCGCUUUUUGGUAGAAAAUUUCAGCUGCCCAAGGUUGACCUUGUCCCUAUACCUGAUUUCAAUAGGGGUGCUAUUGAAAAUUGGGGACUCAUAACAUUUCGUGCAACUUAUUUGAUCUACGAUGAACAUAAUACACCGGCAAGAACACAACAAACUAUUGCAAAUUUGAUAACUCAUGAAUUUGUCCAUUCUUGGUUUGGAAACGAAGUAACUCCCGAAUGGUGGACCUAUUUAUGGUUGAGUGAAGGUAUAGCCCGUUAUUUUGAAUAUUAUGUGACAGCACAAAUCGAGAGCGAUUGGCAAUUAUGGGAACAGUUCAUAGUAAAUAACGUACACUCAGCACUCUCACAGGAUGAUAAAAAUGACAACAGACCGAUGAACUAUUAUGCAACCAACCCAGAGGAACUGAAUAGUUUAUUUGACUACGUUGUUUAUGCUAAAAGUGCAUCAGUCAUUAGAAUGAUUGAAAAUGUAAUUGGAUUCGAGGCAUUCAGAGCGGCGCUUGAAAAUUGUAUAACGCAGCGCAGCUAUCAGACUACGAACCCAGAUUAUCUCUACAAUAGCAUUGAAGAAUUCAAUGAAGCGGAUCUUCCUAGUUCCAUUUCUGAAAUAUUCAGCAGCUGGGCAAGUAGCACUGGGUAUCCACUAGUACUAGUAACAAAAAAUGGGAAUUCAGUAACUAUCUCCCAGAAACGUUUCUGGAUGCCAGUAGAAGGAGAAACGGCCCCAGAAGAUACAAAAUACUAUAUUCCUAUUAACUACGCAACAUCCAUUGUAGCAGAUUACAACAACACUACUCCCGAUGAUUGGCUGACACCAACCAACACGCAGAUAAUGAAAGAAUUUCCAAGUGCGAUCGAAUGGAUUCUACUAAAUAAACUACAAGCUAGUUAUUUCAGAGUAAACUACGAUAGUGAAAAUUGGGCAGCUCUAACUGCCAUAUUAAAAUCCGAUCGAAUGGAAUCCAUCCCUGUUAUAAAUCGAGCUCAACUCGUAGAUGACGUUUGUAACCUUGCCAAAGCCGGAGAAAUAAGCUAUGAUAUUGCAUUAUCACUUCUUCUGUACCUUGAACGAGAAACAGAGUACAUUAUAUGGAGCACAGCAUAUAAUGCUCUUAUACAUCUGAAUAUGAUGCUUCUAGGCAAUGAUAACUAUUCCCGAUUUGAAGAUUUUAUGAGAAGCCUGACCGUAAACAUUUACAGCAAUGUUCGUCUUAUCGACCGUAGUAAUCACAUUGUUCGACUACAUCACGGUAACACUGCGUAUUUGGCGUGCUACUUUGGAGUAGAUAAUUGUGUUAAGGAUGCUCAAACUCUGGUUCAACAAAUGUUGGAUGAUGACUCAUACGUAAUUCCAGAAGAGGAACAAGCAGCAGCCUUUUGUGCUUUGAAUAAGUAUGAUAUGGCGUUGGGAUCUGAGGCACUGACUGCUUUAUUUGACCGUUAUCUACCAAUACAAGAAAGUGAAAGUGGGUUGAUAACUCAAUUUAUCGCAGGCUUGGGAUGUUCAAGAAAUACUACAAUGAUCAGUUUUCAUCUGAGUCUCACAAUCAAUAAUAUACCUGGAUUCCAACUAACCGGAAUUGAAAGAACUGAAAUCCUUACUGCCAUCAUCAAAGGUAGUUACGAGGGAUUAUUCGAAAGCUUAAAUUUUAUUUUGAAAAACUACCCUGAUAUCGCCUAUAAGUACUCAUCACUCACAGGAAUUUUUGCAGAAAUCGGAAAUCGAAUUAAUAACCAUCAAACUUUCGAACUGUUCCAAGAUAUUCAGCAAAAUAUGGAAACGACUUCUCCGAUUCCCUCAAAUCAGCAGCAUCUACAGCAUUAAGCAAGGCAUCUCAGACUAUAGCCUGGUCUGAUAAAUACACUGAUAUCAUUGGUGACUGGUUGAUAGAAAAUGAAUUUGUUCUAAGUACUACAACUUCUGAUCCUUCGGAUCCAGGCAUUGCUUCGUUAAUAAGUGUUAGCAUUCAUUGCUAUUUUUGAUGUCCAUCUUUGUGUUUGUUUUAUCAAUGUAGUGGUAAUCAUUUUACUAAACAUUAUUGAAUACAAUAUUUUUAAUCCAAUUGAUAUGGGAACUAAUUCUUGUAAAUAUUCUAACAUCAUUUUCAUCACAUCCUGUAUCCUGAUUAUAC